UUCAGAGGCCGCUAUUUCUUAAACCCUCCUAAAAACUUGCCUCACAUCUUCGGUCUCGUCUACUCGAGUCGAAACCCGUGUCAAGCACCAUGAGUUCCUUCUCCAAUACCGCGAACUUUGACAAUCUUCUACUGCAAUCUUUGAUGGGCAGGCUUCAGCUACGCCCUUCCAACAAUCCUAUGCUCUCUCAAUCCCUCGAGGACCUUCUUUUUGACGCUGCCAACAAUCUAUCCGAUGACGAUGAGAAUGAUGAGAAUAAAUCCCAGCUCGCCAAAGAAGAAUCCAAGCUCGAGAAGGAGAUCAUCCGGGUGAUUCUCUCUGGCAAGACUGAUUCGCUCAAACCUAACUCGGGGCAGGCCGUCACAAUCGGCGAGCACCACAUCUGCGUCGGAUUUCACGAGGAAAAGGGUUCCGAUUAUCGGGUGUGGGAGUGGCACGGCCACAUAAUGUUGUUUGAUGAAGAAAACGGCUAUACGCCAGAGUAUAUAUAUGGGAAUUACUUCGAGAGGUUGCUGUCAAAGGCAGGGAGUGGUGUUGAGGAAGUAGACUGUAAGGAGGAGGAGAAGGAAGAGAAAGUGGGGAAUUUGGGGCUAAGGGAAUUAAUUGAUGGCGGAGAUUCGAGCGGCGGUCGCAUCCUGCAUCGAAACAUGAACGUUGGUUCCCCAAGGUUUGCUUAGAAUCCCUCUCCUCAUCAUUGCCAAAAUAAAAUAAUACUGCUAGCCAGUUUGUUUCUUUUCCCUUUUUUUUUUUCCUUGGGAAAAACAUUUUCGCUGUCGAGCUUUUAAAUUUAUCAGAUUGAGGUUUCGUUGUCCAGACUCUAGUUCAUCGGAAUUUGUUUUGCAUAGGAUCCUAAGAGAUUGGAUCAUUUUUUU